AGGAGUGGCACCUCCGAGCAAGAGGCGGAGAAGAGAAGAGAAAGGAAGGGAAGAGGCAGGGCGAAAGGAGGGCGUUGAGGAAGACAAGCCGAAGACACCAACCACCUGCUUGUCGUCCGGGCGUCCCGCGAUGGUCUUAGUGGUGGUCAUGGGAGUCAGCGGCUCCGGGAAAUCCACAGUCGGCACACUUCUGGCAGAUAAGCUAGGUUGGACAUUCUAUGAGGGUGAUGACUAUCAUCCAGAGGAGAACAGAAAGAAAAUGGCUGAAGGAAUACCUCUAACUGACCAGGAUAGGAUACCAUGGCUUUGCCACCUACAUGAUAUAUUAAUGAGAGAACAUGCAUCUGGACAAAGUGUCAUUUUAGCUUGCUCAGCUCUCAAAAAAGUGUAUCGGUGCAUUCUGGAGAAUGGAGAGGCUGGUUGUCAGAGUUUGAACAAUCAACAAGAAGAAAAGGAGUCUGCCCCAAGAAAGAUCCUUUUUGUCCACCUGGCAGGGCCAAUAGAGCUCAUUGCCAGCCGUCUAGAAAAAAGAAGGGGACAUUUCAUGCCACCAAGUCUACUCCAAUCUCAGUUUGAUACUCUUGAACCUCCAUGUGCGCCAGAAAACUUUAUCAAUGUUAGCUUGGAAAAGCCUGUUUCAGAAAUAGUAUCUGAAAUUGAAAGACAUCUUAGAAGUUUGUACUGACGUUUCGCCAGGUUUUCUUGUUUUGAAGCCUGAUAACCCCAAAUAAAUGUUACUCUCGCAUAA